AGCGGGGCAGAGCAAGCCCAAGAGCAGCCUGGUGAAGCCGCCCUACUCGUACAUCGCCCUCAUCACCAUGGCCAUCCUGCAGAGCCCGCAGAAGAAGCUGACGCUCAGCGGCAUCUGCGAGUUCAUCAGCAACCGCUUCCCCUACUACCGGGAGAAGUUCCCCGCCUGGCAGAACAGCAUCCGCCACAACCUCUCCCUCAACGACUGCUUCGUCAAAAUCCCCCGGGAGCCCGGCAACCCGGGCAAGGGCAACUACUGGACGCUGGACCCGCAGUCCGAGGACAUGUUCGACAACGGCAGCUUCCUCCGCCGCAGGAAGCGCUUCAAGCGGCACCAGCAGGAGCACCUGCGGGACCAGACGGCGCUCAUGAUGCAGGGCUUCGGCGCCUACGGCCUGGCCGGACCCUACGGCCGCCCCUACGGGCUGCACCCCGGCGCCUACACGCACCCCGCGGCGGCCGCGGCCGCGCUGCAGUACCCCUACAUCCCCCCGGUGGGGCCCAUGCUGCCGCCCGCCGUGCCGCUGCUGCCGUCCAGCGAGCUCAGCCGCAAAGCCUUCAACUCCCAGCUCAGCCCCAGCCUCCAGCUGCAGCUCAACAGCCUGGGCGCCGCCGGCUCCAUCGUCAAGUCGGAGCCCAGCAGCCGCCCGUCCUUUAGCAUCGAGAACAUCAUCGGCGUCCCCGCCGCCAGCUCGGCCGCCAGCGCACAGACUUUCCUGCGGCCGCCGGUCACCGUGCAGUCGGCUCUCAUGGCCCACCAGCCGCUGGCGCUGGCCAGGACCACGGCGGCCAUCGCCCCCAUCCUCAGCGUGCCUACCAACAUCAUCGCGGGGCAGUUCCUGCAGCCCGCAGCCCCCGCUGCCGCCGUGCAGGCCAAGUGGCCGGCGCAGUAGCCCCGGGCUGUAGCUGCUCCCCGGGGAGCUCCGGCCGCCCCCUCGGGGCUCCGCGGCCGCCCGGGCUCGCAGCAGCAGCGGGCACCGGCCGCCGCCGCCGCUUGUACAUAUUUGUAUCAAAAAUCACUGACGUUGCUUUCGGGGUUUUUAUUUUUCUAAAGAGGCGAAAAUGACGGUCGCGAUUAGGAGCUGCGAACUUUCACUUUUUUUGAAGGUUCCGGCGCUCCGAGCGGUUUUAUCUGAAAUAAACGAACAAACGAGGAAAAAAAAAAUUGUAUAAAA